AUUCAACACCCAUUAAUUUCAGUGGAUCUCUGAUCCAAAACUAGAACGGCCUCUGAUUGACAAGCACCGUAAUAUCCUACACCUGUUUACAUAGAAACCCUACCCAAUUUUAACGUUUUCAAGUUUCCCUCCUCUCUGAACAUCGUAUCCUUCGCGCUCUCAAGAGAAAAUAAAAGCCGAAAGCAGAAAUCUCCUAGGCAAUUUCUCUGAAAAUCUUUUUUCUGGCCCCGAAUUUCUUAACUAUUUUAUUUUCUUCAUAACUCUACCUUUCUCCUUUGAAGCAAACAUAUCACUCCUUAUUUCAGAAUUUCCGUAGAAUUAGGCAUUUUCUCAAACUAGGUUUUCUUCUAUUUACAGAUUGGAGCUUUUUCAAACCGGAAUAAAAUUCAGGUAUUCUUUUUUUUUUAAUUUCUAGGAAGUUUUUUCCAUUCGUUUUCUUAAUCUGACCGGAAACAAAGCAAGAAAUUGUCCGGGCAACUGCUAGAUUUUGGUGGCACGUGGAAUGUACGGCUCCUCCAAAUAUUAAUUAUGAGCCAGGAAUUAAUUGCAUCGUGUAAAUACUCGGAAAUUAUUUCUGUAUUGGAGAAAUCAUAGAGAAGAUACAAAACCGAUAAACUGAAUGGCAAAUUACAAUGAAAUCGAUGAUAUUCUCGCGGAGGAAGAGUUUGUCCCGGUUGUGUUUCAGAAGGCUAUAAAUGGAGUGAAAAUCGAUGAAAGCACCGAAAAAGGACAUGUUGAACAAGGUUCAAAGACAGAGCUACCUUUCUGGCUUGCUCGUGAAUUGCACAUGAGGCAAGCAGUAUCGAUAAGUGUCCCAGCCUGUUUUAAUCAGAAAACAAGGCUGGAAAUCCAGGCAGAUGCUGCAUGUGUGGACCUGAGAUCCCGCUGCCCUUACUUUUAUGAAUUUGGAUGCAAGCUAGCCCCACUGUGUGAUAAAACCAUUGGAUUGUUGCUCCCAUAUGCAUUUCGAAUCAGGUAUAAGGAAAUCCUACACAAGGCACACACCACAGCAUUUGCCACAGCUUCCAAAUUUCUGACGCACCUAACUAGAGAAGAAACUUCUUUGUAUGAAGCAGCUCAAUCAUCCAUGGCAGCCUUUAAGAAAUGGCGGAUGGGUGGCCCCAGAUUGCAGAGAGCUUCAAUUCUCGGGAGGAAGAGAAAACCAGCUGAGUAGUUGCUCAUUGCUACCCUGCCAACACUCUCAAUUCAAACAACCAAGCUGCAGUUAUGUCUCGGUCCUUGCCUUGAGAUUGAUGCAUGAUGUGUGCAUUCUAGCACAAGAAAUUAUAUAUAUAAAAAAAAACAUGUCCGGGUACUAUUAUACUUCGUUGUUCAAUUUCACUUUCCUCCUGAUAAUUUUAGCUUGAUAUUAAGCCCUAGAGGAAAUUGGGGCCAAGGCUGUUUGGGGUGUUGAUGCAAUUGCACAGUAGCAAUUAAUUAAACAUGGAAACUGAUUAUUUGCGUGUUGCCAUGGUAAUUGAGUUGAUGCAAUACAUUCUAUCUUUAAUUGCAUGAUUUAGAAAAAUUAUCCA